AUACAGAAUUGUUUACUCUAUUUGUGAUAUGCGCACGCGCGCUUGUUCUUACUUAUUUUUAAUUUUCGAUAAAUUGGAUUUCGUUUAAGACAAUAAAACUUUUUUAUAAAAUAUGUUUGUUUUAAAUUGUUUAUGUUAUUUAAAUUCAUCAGUGAAAAGUUUUUCAAUUUAAUUGCAAAGUACUAGAACACCAUAAUUCGAAAGGAGAUAGGAUUUGAUAAUAGGCGAGUAAACCGUAAAUAGGUUAGUGAAAUGUAAACGGCUUACAAAAGUGAGAUUCAAACUAAAAAGCGACUGGUAUUUGUGCAACACAAGCGAAAUAAACUAAGGAUGUCAUCAACAACAUCAUUAUUCCAAGAAAUAGCUUUCAAGGCGGAAUUAGACCGGCAUGUCGAUCCGGAGUGUGAGCACCAGGCGCGCAUACAAUGUGGAGAGGAUCCUACUACGCGUGCGGCAGUAAUUGAAGAGCUAAGAAAUACAAUAUACAGGCGAGGCGAAUGCCAUCCACCACGUAUGGACGAUGCAUUCUUGCUACGGUUCUUGCGCGCGCGCAACUUUAUCCUCGCGCGGGCACAUCGCUUGGUGGUGCGCUACUGUAAAUUCCGGGAACAAAAUCAACACUUGUGGCGUGACGUGUACUGGUAUGGGCUCACAAGACUUGGCAAUAUAUUUGAAGGCGUUUUAUUUGAUAGGCCUGAUGUUGGUAGACUUAUUAUAUGCAGUUUAGGGAAAUGGGAUCCAGAUAUUUUGCCUGUAGAAGACCUUAUACGGGGCUGUCUCGUCUUCUUAGAAGUGGGGAUCAUGCAGCCCAAGCUGCAGGUCCUAGGAGGCACCGCUAUAGUGGAUUGCGAUGGCAUCGGGAUGAAGCACGUGCGACAACUGACACCUUCCAUUGCAACACAAGCAAUGAAUGUUAUGGGUCUCACGUUUCCGAUUCACCAGCGUGGUGUCCACGUGGUGAAUUGCUCAAGAUUAUUCGAGAAGCUCUUCAAUGUUUUCAAAAGAUUGGCGCCAUCAGAUGAUAUUUGGAAGAACGUUUACUUUCAUGGUUAUGAUUACAACUCUUUACAUAGAUACAUUGAUCCAGAAUGCCUUCCGAAACGAUACGGCGGCUACCGUGAACCAGUUUCACUGCAAGAAUGGUUGACGAAGAUAAAACAUUACAAAAAUAAACAGUUUGAUGAAGACUUAAGAGCUUUAGGAUAUGCUAUUGAUGAAUGAAAAGGCUGAUGAGAUUGUAAAUAAUAUUCAGGCGGGUAUCAGAAGCAGCUCAAGACUAGUGAGGCCCCAAAGGAAUUGAAACGGGACCUUUAAAUUUCACGUUAGAAAUAGAAGUUGCAAGAAUACAAUAACAUCAUAUUAUGUAAAUAAGUAAUAGUUCGUUGUAAAUAUAUGUGCUAUCUGUGUA